CGGGGAGGAGGAGGCUGCCCUGGUAGUGUUGAUUCAUCACCACCUUCACCCUCAGCUCGACUCCGCCCAAAGUGUAUUGUUCUGACGCGGCGCCAUGAAGCCCUCGAGGAUUGCCGUGUUGGUGAUGCUGCUACUGCUGCUGCUUCUGAGUCCAGGCUUUCUGCGGCGGACGUGGGCGUGGUUAGGGGCGUUUUGGCAGGCGCGGUACGAUGAGGUGCUGCUGGCGUGCGGCCACGACGGCUCUUUGGCCUUCUUGUACGGAAUCUCCGCUGUGGGUUACUUCACCUACUGGGCGGUGGGCGGCUUGUACACCCUGGCAGACCUCGGCCUACGCCCCCACCUGUUGCGUCAGUACAAGACACAAGCGGGUACAAACGAACCAGUAUCCGGCCGUGCACUGAUCAAGUGCCUGGCAGUGGUGAAUGUUAACCAGCUGGUCCUCGGGCUGCCCUUCGUGGAGGCGUGCAGGCGUAUCCUUCUGAUGCGCGGGGCUGACUUCUCGCCGCGCCUCCCACCUUUCUUCCUCGUCCUGCAGCACCUGUCAGUCUUCACGAUCAUAGAGGAGGUGCUCUUCUACUAUUUCCACAGACUGUGCCACCACCGCCUCCUCUACAAGCACAUCCACAAGCUGCAUCAUGAGUGGCAGAGUCCCAUCGCCGUUACCGCUGCCUACGCCCAUCCCGUGGAGCACUUGUUUGUCAACAUGAUACCCAUCAUGGUGGGUCCCAUCCUACUGGGCUCCCACCCCGCCACCAUCUGGCUAUGGGUCUUCCUGGCCACGGUCAACGUGCUGGUGCACCAUAGCGGCUACCACCUGCCCUUCCUGCCCUCGCCACAGUUCCACGACUACCACCACCUCAAGUUCACAGGCUGCUACGGGGUGCUUGGAGUGUUGGACCGCCUGCAUGGGACAGACCAACAGUUCCUUUCUACCCUCAACCAUCAGAAGGACCACGUGUACUUCAGCCUGCAGUCUCCCAUGCCCGCCGCUGCUAGAUCAUAGGGCGGCAAGAAGUGAGACUAAGCGAGUCGAGGCCGUGUAGUGAACUGUUGCAUUACACCGAGUUAAUGCAAGGGGGGAGGGGGGAGAUGUGGAAAGUGAGCUUGUGUGGUAUGUUACGAGUUGCUAAAAGUAAGGUGAUUGAGAUCAACCCCUUCAGUACCGUGACGCGUUUCCAUAUUCAUUCUGGUUACUGUUUGGCGAUUCUAUACAGCUUCAGAAACCUAUGUGGGGGGAUUGAUUUAGUGAAGACUGUGGCCAUAAACCUUCCGACCUCCAUAAAUCCUUCCUAAUGCCAAUAAAAGUCAAUAAAAAUGGUAUAAUCGUACACAAAAUCAAAGUAAAAAUGUGCCUCAGUAUUGAAGGAGUUAAAUUUAAAGAUCUGCCAUGUUGUGAGUGCAAUGAAGGUAUAUGCUAACGCUAUGAAAACUAAAAACAGUGCUGAUAGCGCUUACAGUAAAUAAUAAAGGUUACACAAGUAUUGCGGUGAUAUGGUACAGUGAUAGAUGAUAAGAUUACGGAGCGAUUUAACAAAGAGCACAGAAAACUUUCCAAUCUUUUCAACACAUCUGGCACCAAUAGUAGUCAAUGUAGUGAGUGAUACAGGAACGCGAAGAAACAAAAGGGAUGAACAAGCAGCAACACGAGACCUACUGUCCUUAUGAAGCUGCCAAAUGAUACACAUGGUUUUAUAUCUAGUCAAAAUAUAACAAAAUCAAUUCUUUAUUCCCCUUAACGUGUAAGAAUCAUUAUCCUGUAACAAUCGUGAUAAUUUGAACAGUAACAGCGAACACUUAAAUAACCACAGCUCAUUACCACCCACACAAUAACUGAAGUGGUUGAUCUCCAAGUGACUGACUGACUGAAAUGCAACAAGGAGUAAAUAGACACCACAACAAAACGAUCAUAUGGUAUCAUUGGUAAAGGAAAAGGAGAGGAAAGGGAAAAAGGGGCAAGAAUAGAACAGCAGAAAAGUAUCAAGAAAAAUCAUAGGUGUGGAUAUAAAGUGAUGGGAUUAUUUGGGGAGAAAGCCAGGGAUUCAGAAAGGAUAUUUGAGAGGAAUGGAGGAAGAAGCAGGAAAAAGGAGAAAAAGAAAUGUUAGGAAAGGGAACCAGUACAAUCUAAUAAUUAUAUAUAAAUGACAAA